AUGGCUGCCAGCAACUCCGACUACGAGCUCCUCACAGAGCACUUUAGCUACCCCCCCGUCUCCCUCCUCGACGACAUCAUCAACACCGUCAACGUCCUCGCCGACCGUGCUCUCGACUCUGUUGAACGCCUCCUCCUCUCUAUACCCCCCAAGAAACUCGGCUUUUCAAAAAGCAGCAAGAACCCUGACCAGAACCCCAACCUUUCUCCCGAAGAAGCCGCAAAACUCGAAAUCGAAAACGGCACACACCAGCUGGAAACACUGCUCAACGCCUCCAUUGACAAGAACUUUGACAUUUUCGAACUCUACGUUAUGCAGAAUAUUAUCACAGUCAGACCGCAAGACCAGCCAUACAUGCGUCUCUCACAUUACAGCGGCCUCGAUUUCCCCGAUGAAGAUGCCGCUGCGGCGCAACAAAUCGAUAAGCCUUCUCCAGAAUCAAUCAACGCCCUCCGCAGACGGCUUCAAGCAAGUCAGAAGCUAAACGCCGUCUUGGAAGCUGAAAAAGCCCGCAACGACGCUCUUCUCAAAACCCUGCGGUCCCUACUGGGCGUCGUCCCUGAUACCACCAAGACGGAAGAGACGAAUGGAGAGAGUGGUGGUAGUGCGGCGGCGGCUCAUCCGUUCACCUUCUUGCGCGAUAGAGGCGGGCUUGAAGAGAGCGGUGGGCAGCAGCCGAUUACGACGACGACGGAGUUUACGCUUUCGCAGCUGCAGGCGCUGCGGGCUUUGUCCGGGUCGUUGAGGGAGUUGUUGCCUGGUCUUGGGGAUGAUUCUGGCACGGAUGCUGCCGCGGCGGCGGCGCCGUCGUGGAGAAGGGAGCGCGCGGAGUAUAUUGAGACGUCGUCGAGGAAGUAUCUUGAGACGGUGGUUGGGUUGGAGUUGGGGCCGGAGGGAGAGGUUCGUGAUGGGGAGUGGCAGGGUGAGGGGAGGGGGUUGAGUAAAGGUGAGGUGGAAGGGCUGGAGAAGGUGGCGGCGAUGUUGGGGGGGAGGGAUGGUGGAGGGGGGGAUGAUAUGGAUACGACGUAG